UUUAACUGUCUGACUCGGCCAUAUCAUCAUCAUCAUCGUUUCCCCUUCUCCUCCCAAUCCGCUGUAUUAAUUGACCCGACGAGAGGAAACUCUUCAUUCCGGUAAAAGGAGGCUAUAAACAGAGCCCGGAUAUUUGGCGCAUUAGAGCAGAAGUCAAAAUGGCUGAAGAAAAAUUCGAUAUAGACAUCACAACACACAAUGAGGUCUAUGCGCGGGUCGGUGUUGAGAAAUUAAAUAUUGAAAGAAGAAACCGAUUACCAUUUCAAGGUAUGCCACAGGAAAAUAGUUUACCAACGCCCUCUAGUGGAGAAGAAGAAGACGUGGAUAAAUACGAAAAUAACUCUCCAAAAAGCAGGUAUGAGUCGUCACACCUUUCGUUCGGGAUUGAUAGCAUCUUGAGACAAUCAGGAAAAAGACGGUAUGGAAAAGUCAGUGAAGAACAUGAACAAAGCCACGAUGAAAAUGAUAGACAUAUUAUUACAAAUACGAGUAAAAUGGACGAAACGGCGUUUUCUCGUGUGGGAGGAAUGGACUUAAGUUUGAAAUCUGAACAAAUGGAGGACCAUAAAGUUCAAACACCUGAGUCAUUUUAUACAAUAGCAAAUCAUCUGACCAUGUGGUCACUUCGAGAUAUCAACAAAGACAGAUUUGGAGUCCGGAGAAUAGGACACCCCUACCAGAACAGAACGCCCCCAAAACGGAAGAAACCUCGAACUUCGUUCACAAGACUACAGAUUAUGGAGCUGGAGAGACGAUUCGAACAGCAGAAAUAUCUGGCGUCAUCCGAACGAUCGUCGAUUGCAAAAUCCCUUAAGAUGUCUGAUUCUCAGGUGAAGACGUGGUUCCAAAACAGACGCACAAAAUGGAGACGACAGACAGCUGAGGAAAAGGAAUUAGAGAGACAGGCAGCGAAUCGGUUACUGCUAUCAUUAGGGCGGUGUACAUCAAAAGGACUUGUUCUAGAGAGCGGAAUACAGUUAUAGACACCAGUGGAGAGUGUAAUGGUAUUAUUAACCGAUUGUUACAUUGACAUUAACCGUAAUGCAAGGACAUUUGUGAUUGCAAACAUGUUUGCUUUAAAACUGUUAAAUAGCUCCACACAAAGACCGAGUUAUAAAAUGCAAUCAAUAUAUAUGGCAACUGCGCAACGUUUCUAUGAUAGAAAUUUCAAGUGAAAUAUGUUUUUAUUCAUGUGAUCUCAAAAACGUGUUGAUAUGGAAAUUUAUUCUCCGGUUGCCAUUACAAAAUGUUUCCUGUUAACAUAUAAAGUCAUACAGGAAUGCUGAAAGGGCGUGUCGAUUAUCUUCCCUUAUGGGACAAAAUACCACCGGUAUCUGCACAUAUAUUAUUUAUUUAUUAACAGAAUGGUGUAAUUGUGUCAAAAUUAUGCUCAUAUUUAUAGAAUAAAAUGUUUACUCUGACUCAAUAUCACGAUAUUGUUAGAAACAAAACGCGAGACAAAGUAGAAUUACCGUUUACAACAUGAUAUGUGAGCAAGGGAUAGGCUACUGUAUUUCACGUCACAUUUAAUGCUGAAAUAUAGAUCUAACACCGUAAUAUCUAACCUGUAUUCGCCAUUGUAUUAUCAUGAAAUGAGUACGAUAUUCCAGUGUUAACGUGCCAAAGUCCCUGUAUUAAAAAUAAUGUUUUUCGUGCAGAAGAGUAUAGGGAUUUUUUAAAUUGAGUGAAACCCCGAUGCUUUGCUGACGGUUUUGUACAAUUUUGAAAAUCCCAAGGAUGGAGUUCCCUAUCCUACACCCCUUGACACGAAAGAUAAUUUUUCUCUUAUUCACUUCACCAGAACUAGCCCAGAAAUAUAAAAAAGCGUCGUCUGUUUCGGCAUCGCGGCAUCGGGAUGUGUUCGAUUUCGUGAUGUCGCAUCAUUGUUAAAUGUGACGUCAAGCAUGAUAAAAUUGUUUGUUAUUCGAGAGAGCAAACAUUUAUUUCGUAAUAUUACAAUGUAUCAGACGGGGAAACGUCAACUAUUUUCGAAUCUACAUGCUUUUUACCAACAACAAUUUGGGGGAAAUGCAUUGUUCCAAAGAAUGGCCUGUAUCUGUGAGAAAUGAGAUGAAAUUUAAUUUGUUAAUUAAUGAUUGAAAUGAUGAAGGGCUUACGUAAGUGGGGUAUAGAGACCAGUGCAUAAAAUAAUUUCAUAUAUGUUCAACGUUUUUUCUCAGGUUGUAACUUUAAUGCAACAAAAUGAUUCUAGAAACCGCCAUAAGAAAUGCAUUAUGACAAAUAUGUGAGAUAAAAACAGAUGAUUUACUUAUUUAUCUGUUUGAUAACUAUUAUGAUAUAAAUAAGAUAAGUACAUAAAAGUGAUGUAUUUUCCUUCCAUGAAUUAAAAACUAGUAAAAUGGGCACAUGUGCAAAAUUUGU